UGUCAGCGGCGGCAAGAGCAGAGCGGAAGGCGUCGGCCUCCCAGUGGCGACGAGUAGCUCUAUCCGGGGACUUAGCGCUUCUCUCCUCCUUUCGCGCCGCCGGCUGCCGCUGUGGAGCGGCGGGUCCAUGUGUGCAUCGAGCGGCGCUGCUGACCCUGCUCUUAUCCGCGUCGCCUAGCCUAGCCUAGCCUAACUCCCCUGGCCUCGGCCCUCCCGCCAUGGAUCCCAACAACAUCAUCGAGGCCCUGCGGGGCACCAUGGACUCAACGCUGCGGGAGGCAGCCGAGAGGCAACUCAACGAGGCUCACAAAUCUGUGAACUUUGUUUCAACUCUUCUUCAAAUCACUAUGUCAGAGCAACUGGAUUUACCAGUGAGACAGGCAGGUGUUAUCUACUUGAAGAAUAUGAUAACCCAAUAUUGGCCUGACCGGGAAACUACACCAGGAGACAUCCCACCUUACUCAAUACCAGAAGAAGACAGACACUGUAUUCGUGAGAAUAUUGUAGAAGCCAUUAUUCAUUCUCCUGAGCUAAUCAGAGUACAGCUUACUACUUGCAUUCACCAUAUUAUAAAGCAUGAUUAUCCAAAUCGUUGGACUGCGGUUGUAGAGAAAAUUGGAUUUUAUCUUCAGUCAGAUAAUAGUGCCUGUUGGCUUGGAAUUCUUCUCUGUCUUUAUCAACUAGUGAAGAACUAUGAAUACAAGAAACCAGAGGAGCGAACACCUUUGAUAGCAGCAAUGCAACACUUUUUGCCUGUUCUGAAGGAUCGUUUUAUCCAGCUUCUCUCUGAUCCGUCUGAUCAGUCUGUCCUUAUCCAGAAACAGAUCUUCAAAAUUUUCUAUGCUCUUGUUCAGUAUACAUUACCCCUGGAGUUGAUCAAUCAGCAAAAUCUAGCAGAAUGGAUUGAGAUUCUGAAGACGGUUGUGGAUCGAGAUGUACCAGCUGAAACUCUUCAAGUUGAUGAAGAUGAUAGACCUGAAUUACCAUGGUGGAAAUGUAAGAAGUGGGCAUUGCAUAUCUUGGCUAGGCUUUUUGAAAGGUAUGGAAGCCCUGGAAAUGUUUCCAAGGAGUACAAUGAGUUUGCAGAAGUUUUCCUAAAGGCAUUUGCUGUUGGUGUUCAGCAGGUCUUGCUGAAGGUGUUAUAUCAAUAUAAGGAAAAGCAAUACAUGGCUCCUAGAGUUCUGCAGCAGACACUGAAUUAUAUCAAUCAGGGGGUAUCACAUGCAGUCACUUGGAAGAAUCUGAAACCCCAUAUCCAAGGAAUUAUCCAAGAUGUUAUCUUCCCAUUGAUGUGCUAUACAGAUGCUGAUGAAGAGUUAUGGCAGGAAGAUCCUUAUGAGUAUAUACGUAUGAAGUUUGAUGUAUUUGAAGACUUCAUUUCACCCACGACAGCUGCACAAACAUUGUUGUUUACAGCAUGUGGCAAAAGGAAAGAGGUUCUGCAAAAAACUAUGGGCUUUUGUUAUCAGAUUCUCACAGAGCCAAACGCCGAUCCUCGUAAGAAAGAUGGUGCUUUGCAUAUGAUUGGUUCUUUGGCUGAAAUACUCCUGAAAAAAAAGAUAUACAAAGAUCAAAUGGAGUACAUGUUGCAGAAUCACGUGUUUCCUCUCUUCAGCAGUGAGCUAGGCUACAUGAGAGCACGGGCUUGUUGGGUGCUUCACUAUUUCUGCGAAGUUAAGUUUAAGAGUGACCAGAAUCUGCAGACAGCUCUUGAGCUGACAAGAAGAUGCCUAAUUGAUGACAGAGAGAUGCCUGUGAAGGUGGAAGCUGCCAUAGCACUGCAGGUUUUGAUUAGUAAUCAAGAGAGAGCUAAGGAAUAUAUUACUCCAUUCAUAAGACCUGUAAUGCAGGCUCUUCUUCAUAUUAUUAGAGAGACUGAGAAUGAUGAUCUUACUAAUGUGAUUCAGAAAAUGAUCUGUGAAUAUAGUGAAGAGGUUACUCCUAUAGCAGUAGAAAUGACGCAGCAUUUGGCAAUGACUUUUAACCAGGUGAUUCAGACAGGACCAGAUGAAGAAGGCAGUGAUGAUAAAGCAGUAACAGCAAUGGGCAUCUUGAAUACCAUUGAUACACUCCUUAGUGUUGUUGAAGAUCACAAAGAAAUUACCCAGCAGUUGGAAGGUAUCUGUUUACAAGUAAUAGGAACAGUGUUACAACAGCAUGUUUUAGAAUUCUAUGAGGAAAUCUUCUCCUUGGCUCACAGUCUGACCUGUCAGCAGGUCUCAGCACAGAUGUGGCAGCUUUUGCCUCUGGUCUUUGAAGUAUUUCAGCAGGAUGGUUUUGAUUACUUUACAGAUAUGAUGCCACUGUUGCAUAAUUAUGUAACUGUUGAUACAGACACACUCCUGUCUGAUACAAAAUACCUAGAAAUGAUCUACAGUAUGUGCAAAAAGGUCCUUACAGGUGUGGCAGGAGAAGAUGCAGAAUGUCAUGCGGCAAAGCUGUUAGAGGUGAUCAUUCUGCAGUGUAAGGGUCGUGGCAUUGAUCAGUGUAUACCUUUAUUUGUAGAAGCUGCUUUAGAGCGAUUGACCAGAGAAGUUAAAACAAGUGAACUGCGAACAAUGUGCCUCCAAGUUGCCAUAGCUGCUCUGUAUUACAAUCCUCAUCUACUUCUGAAUACUUUGGAAAAUCUCCGCUUCCCCAAUAAUGUGGAGCCUGUUACAAAUCACUUCAUUACACAGUGGCUUAAUGAUGUAGACUGUUUCUUGGGGCUUCAUGACAGAAAAAUGUGUGUCCUAGGCUUGUGUGCUCUUAUUGAUCUGGAACAAAUACCACAGGUUUUAAAUCAGGUUUCGGGCGAAAUCCUGCCAGCUUUCAUCCUUUUAUUUAAUGGCUUGAAAAGAGCAUAUGCUUGCCAUGCUGAGCAUGAAAAUGAUAGCGAUGAUGAUGAUGAAGCAGAAGAAGAUGAGGAAGCAGAGGAGCUUGGGAGUGAUGAAGAUGAUAUUGAUGAAGAUGGACAAGAAUAUUUAGAGAUUCUGGCAAAGCAGGCUGGAGAAGAUGGAGAUGAUGAGGACUGGGAAGAAGAUGAUGCAGAAGAGACUGCUCUGGAGGGAUAUUCAACCAUUAUUGAUGAUGAAGAUAACCCUGUUGAUGAAUAUCAGAUAUUUAAAGCAAUUUUUCAGACAAUUCAGAAUCGUAACCCUGUGUGGUACCAAGCGUUAACACGCGGUCUUAAUGAAGAACAAAGAAAACAGUUACAGGACAUAGCAACUUUAGCAGAUCAGCGAAGAGCAGCCCAUGAAUCCAAAAUGAUUGAAAAGCAUGGUGGAUACAAAUUCAAUGCUCCAGUUGUGCCAAGUUCAUUCAAUUUUGGUGGUCCAGCCCCAGGAAUGAAUUGAAUUAUCACUACUUUUCCUCCUACUGUGUGAUUGUAGUGAAGAGCUUGUGUUCCUCCCAAUAGUGGUUCCAGAACUGGUUCAUGUUAUCUACAGCUCACUCUAAAUGAAUUGGUAGAUUGAACAUUUUAAAAAGAAAAACCAACCCAGGAAGUGGGACUUGAUCAUGCAACCGAAUACUGGAAAGAAGGUUUCGAAGAAGAUAGGAAGAACCUGACACUUGAGCUUCAAAUGACACGUUGUGGAAAUCAGAAAUCAAGAGGGAAUGUCAUGAAGACGCUUCCUUUCUAUGAAGAAAAAAAAAAGGCAUUGGCUGCAGGACUGUUGGAAAGGUCUCAUUUACAGUACACAAGCUAGAAGGCCAAUUUAAUUUUUACACCUGUGGGACUGAGUAUUUGCCCAAUCUCUUCCCUUUUCCCGUUCUCCAUGCUGGGUAUCUAUUCUUUUAAUGUACAUAAAGGUAAUUGGAUAGCCUUACUUAACACUUCAUCAUUUCCAUUUAUCAAGAUUGUUCAUAUGUAGAAUAUUGGACACUUAUUGUAGCACUACAUAACUGAUUAAAUCUGUAAAUGAUUUAGCACUUUCAUAUUGAAACAACCCUGCUAGCCUAUGUACAAAAAUAGUAAAAUGUUUGUUUAUAAAAAAGGGAUGUUCUGGGGGAAAUUUCAAGUUAUUUAAAACUAGCAGUUUUGUACCUGGUGACUUUGUGGUGCAGUCACCACUGGUUGUGACUUGAAUUUGGUUAUGUAAAAAGGGGGUUAGUGGUAUUUCAUUGCUGCUAAAAAAGAAAAAAAAUGGCAACACCCUCUGUGUCCUUUGUUUUUUCUUAAAGCUGUCAAUGUACAAGUGGAAAUUUGGAUACAGAAACCUUCAUGUUUUAAAGUGCUGAGAAGGGAGUUCAUUUUCUCAGCAGCAUGUGAAAUCUGACAUGAAGAUCUGCUCUUACAGGAGUGUAUUUUGAAGUGUGGUGGUGAAACAUCUACAUAUGCAAUCAAUUAAAAAUAAUUUGGCUAACUUGGGUUGGAUCUGAUUGAAGUUUAUUCCCAUAUUUGGGAAUAUGAUUAUUCUUAUCCCAUUGCUCUUUUUCUAGGACCUGGGUAGAAGUUUUAACAUCUGUUUUGCCCCUUCUGUCUCCACCCCCACCUUAGGAUGUCCAGAAAUAGUAGACAUUCUUUCAUUUGCCUGAUCCAGAACAGUGGCCUAGUUCAGACGUUCAUCUCUCAGCUUCUUAAGCCAAGAUAUGAACAAAUCUUUUGCCUGAACCUAGAGCCCCUUUAUGUAAGCUGUGAUUAAACCAGGAAGUUUCCCUUUUAAUCUGAACUGAGAAAUUGUGGUUACCAGCUUUGGAACAAGCCAGGAUCCUAAACAGAGUUUGAAAUUAGCUGAGAAUCCUGGCUCGUUUAACAAAUAACGAUGGUAAAUUGGAUCUGGUUUAACUGUGGUUUGCACAAAGGGGCUUCUGCUCAGGCAAAAGCUCAGUUUAUUAAGCCAACAUAUGAUCAUCUGAACAUGGACUUAUGGUUACCAAGUCUCAUUUUUGAAGCUACAAUUCUAUCUCCUUUAUUAUAUCCUUGCCUUCAGAUGGUAUAGUAGUUAGUAUUUUAACUAGAAAGGUAACAAACUCCCCCCUACUGGGACCACUAUUAAAAUGACUCAGUGAAGAAGAUAACAUCAAAAUGAUGUGACUGGGCUGGCUUAGAGCCCCAUCUACAUAAUAAAUACAUAAAAUCUUAAAUGCUGAAUUUUUUGAUCUUGCCUUGAGAUCACUGGUGUCAAAGAUUUUAAGUAAAAAUCCCCCCCCGCUUUUCUGGCUGUUUUUAUAUUCAAUGUCAUUUGCUGUUGCCAUAGAUGCUGAACAAGCUACCUUAAUUUAAGUGUAAGUCUCCAGAACUUUAAGGCAGGUUGAAAAAUGAACUGAAUUUAUAUCUAUACAAAUGAAACUGAAAUGAACAUAUAUUAUUAUGGUGUUCAAAAAUGCAGUCUUCAGAAAAACAAUUUGUGUGAUGUGUGUUUGUUUUAUAUGUAUCAAUUUUGGGGGGUGCUUGGAUUGUAAGGGUUCCUAACAGAAUACCUACCUCUCACUUAUCUCAAGCCAAACUAAGGGCUUUCCAUUUUCACCCAUGCUUUCAUUCUUUACUCUGGUCUUCACCCAAAUAUGGAUUUGAUUAGAGGCAGGUUUAUGUAGCAUCCUAAACUGCUUAAGAGAGGAGGAUUUUCCAUCUAUUCUUUUUCAUUCAGGUUCUGCUCAGAUUAGCACAAUAAAGUUGAAUUCCUGAAUCUAUCCUGUA